CAGCAUAUUUCUGAAUUCUGAGUGCUUUUCCUAUUUCUCGUACCUAUGGACCCAAUGAAAUUCUACCAGCUAAAACUUGUAACACAAAAGAGACGUAUUUCUGCCACAUUAAUUGCUCUCAUCUCUCUUCAACCCCACUCGCGAUCCUUCUUCUAUAUACACCAGAUCUCUUCCUGGUCCAUAUGUUUCUAUGCUUGCUUCCCGUUUCUGUUCAGACACGAAAUCAAAGUUCGCGUUUCACUUAUUUCUUUAUCUGUCUAUGUACAUGGCAACUACGCGAUACUUCCUUGCCAUUGUACAAUUGUACAGUAGUCUAGCAAACACAAAAAGAUUUAAGGAAUAGGAAUAAGAGAUUCUUACCUCACUAUAAAUAACCUUCCAAACAUACCUAAGAACCCCGCGCAAAACCUUCACCCUCUCUUACUUACUCUUGUGCUAAACAAACCUUUUUUUUUAGCAUUUAAGCAUGUCCUUUUCCUGCACAAAAACAUUUUUCAACCGUUUUUUCACAGAUGAUCUAAGAAUUGAAGGUAGCAGCUAUGGUAGUAUUUACUCCAGUGAUAUCCUUCCAUCUCUUGGAGCUCGAAUGAACCAAACCAUAAAGCCCAAAAAACAUAUCAUCUCACCUUUUGAUCCUCGUUACAGGGCAUGGGAGAUGCUGCUAGUAGUCUUGGUUGUGUACUCAGCAUGGAUCUGUCCAUUUGAGUUUGCUUUCCUCCCAUACAAACGGGAUGCACUCUUCAUUGUUGAUCACAUUGUCAAUGGCUUUUUUGCCAUUGAUAUAGUUCUCACCUUCUUCGUUGCAUAUCUUGAUUCUCAAUCUUACCUUCUAAUCGAUGAUCAUAAGAAAAUUGCAGUCAGGUACCUAUCAACCUGGUUUAUCUUUGAUGUCUGUUCGACAGCACCACUUCAGACACUUAGCUUUGCCUUUACAACAGACCACAAUGGUGGACUGGGUUUUGAAGCACUUAACAUGCUCCGACUCUGGAGACUUCGAAGAGUCAGCUCGCUUUUUGCAAGGCUUGAGAAAGAUAUCCGGUUCAACUAUUUUUGGACCCGCUGCACUAAACUUGUCUCAGUAAGCCAUCAUAAACUUUUAUCACCUUUUUCUGUGGAGUCAACAACAAUAAUUAAGUUUAAUCAUUCAUGUGGCUUCGAUUUCCUUCCAGUGAAUCCAAAUUUUAAAUCACAGAGCGUAUGGAAAAGAUAUAUUGCUUCAAUUUAUUGGUCUAUAGUCACACUUACAACUACUGGUUACGGCGACCUGCAUGCUGAAAACACAUUUGAGAUGUUAUUCGAUAUUGUCUACAUGCUAUUCAAUCUAGGACUCACAUCAUACCUCAUCGGAAACAUGACAAACCUUGUUGUUCACUGGACGAGUCACACCAGAACUUUUAGGGAUACAGUGAGGGCUUGUUCAGAAUUCGCAGCACGCAAUCAGCUUCCUCCACGGAUACAGGACCAAAUGCUGUCACAUAUAUGUCUGAAGUUCAAAACAGACGGGUUAAAACAACAAGAGACCCUGAAUAAUCUGCCCAAAGCUCUUCGAUCAAAUAUUGCACAAUAUCUCUUCUUUCCCAUACUCCAGAAAGUCCAGCUUUUCCGCGGAGUUUCUCAAAACUUCCUUUUCCAACUGGUUUCUGACAUAGAGGCUGAAUUUUUCCCACCAAGAGAAGAUGUCAUUUUACAAAACGAAGCACCAAGAGAUAUUUAUAUCCUUGUAUCUGGUGCACUGGACAUGGUGACUCACAUCAAUGGGCGUGAUCAGGUUGUUCAAAAGAUACUUGCAGGUGAUAUAUUUGGAGAGAUGGAGGUUCUGUGUGACAGACCGCAGCCAUUCACAGUUCGGACAACAGAGCUAUCUCAGAUAUUAAGGCUAAAUAGAACUGCACUUACGAAUACUAUUCAUGCAAACAAGGCAGAUGGACAAAUCAUUAUGAGCAAUCUAUAUCUGAAACUUAAAUCUCUAGAAAGCCAAGGGAUUCUGGAGCAGCAAAAAGUUCAAGAAUAUCUUUGUGGUGAAUGGUUUAAUGGUCCACAAAAAUGUAAGAUGUGCUUUACAAAUGGAUACAAAGCCCAAUUCCAUGAAAGUUCCUUGAUAAAUGAAGGAUGGAAACCCACAUACAAGGUCGAAACGCAAGAAGGUCACGAUUCAACCACGUGUGGCGUGGACAACCAUUUAGUGGUCCAAGACAUACCAAAGUUUUGUUCAGCUGUCCAGGAUGAGGAACUUGGUGCAGUUAAGAUUCUGCUGGAUGAAGGUGCUGACAUGAAUUGGGGACCACCAGAUCCCUCACUACACCAAAGAAACAUUAACAUGUAUAAUGAAAUAAGAAGCAAUAGAAAUAGAGAGUUGGAUGAUAGGAUUAGCAUAGAGGUUGAUGAAAAACAAACACCAGGUCCCAAUAACAUAACCGCGUGCAACCAUGGGGACAGAGCAGUAGCCGAGAAGCCAAGAUCAAGUAAUUGUAUAGAACAGUGGGGAGCAGAAAAUUCAAUAUUUAAAAGUAAUAUUAGAGUUAUCAUUCAUAUGAAGUUGCAAAGUGACCGUAUGGAGAAGCAGUUCGGCAAACUCAUUGUUCUGCCUGAUAGCAUUGAAGAGCUCCACAGCAUUGCAGGCCAAAAGUUCGGAGGAUGCUUCAAAAAAAUCAUAAACGCAGAUAAUGCAGAAGUAGAAGACAUUGGUGUCAUUAGAGACAGAGAUCAUCUAUUUUUCCUGCAAUGACAUCGUGUGCCCUAAGAGUUCAAUGCAAUUUAUAUUUUAGUUGCAUAGCUAGAGUGCAGUUUGCAAAUAAAUUUUAAUUCUUCAGACCUACCAUAAAAAGCUCCAGGGAAUGAAGAGAAAAAGUGUAUCAUACAACAAAAAACAUGCAAAACGACAAGUGCCAGAACUGACUGAAAUCGAAAGGGAAAGACAGCAAAGCUCCAUUCAUAAACCCAGCAGUAGAUUAUAUUACCAUUAAAAAAAAACCUAGAUUUUAUGUGUCAGUGUACAACAGUACUUUAGUUCUACAUUGCAUGUAGAAACUACUGAACUAGACUUAAGUUUCCACAACCUAUUGCUAAGAUCAGUUUUUCCCCUUCUAGUGGGAGAAGAACAGUUGUUCAACUCCAUAAAUUCGUGAUGAAUUACUGCACAAGCUAUAAUUAUGCCACAAAAUCCAUGUCUCCGGGAAUCAAGAAAGUCACUAGUACCCUUGUGCAUCACCGCCUUCACAUCAUUAAGAAAACUAAUGAGAUCAGGAUGCACCUCUGUCAAAUGAAGUACAAUAAUGUGACAGGAGUCACAGGAUAGCUGGUCCUGCAAAGCAACUUCAACAACACUCCCAGUCUCCAUCUUUCACUUUCUGAGAGGGAAGCUGCACUCACUCAGCAGAAAUACACUAAUAAAGUAUGAUAUACAACUACAGCAUAGUUCUUAAGCAUCUGAUAUACACUACCCCUAUGCCCGGUACCUUCCCUGAGUGGAAUAAAGAUAGUGUUGCAAAGAAUAACAAACAAUAGCUAAGAAGUUUCAUGAUUCAAAAGAUUGUGACAAUCUACAGGCUAUAUAAUUAUGUCAGUUCGGCAUUUUAACA